AGCCCUGGUGUUCCCACCAAUCCCUGGCAGGAGUGUCGGAUGGGCAGAGUGGGUGGGGGUGCGGGAGCGCCCAUUUUUCUGGAGGUCUGGGUUGGCCCGGUGGCUAAUCCACCAAUGGGAGGAGGGCAAGCGAGCAGGUGUCCGGCAGCGGUAGAGGAGAUCUUCAAAAAAGCAAUUAAGACCUCUGCCAUGGCAGCAAAACCUAUUGUGACUUCGAAGCAGAGAGAGGAGGUGGUGAGGGGUGUCCCAACAGAAGUGGUGUGCACGGCCUUCUCCAACUCCAUUCUUGUGGUGGUGACGCAGUAUGGGAAGAUGGGAACGCUCGUCUCUGUGGACCCCAGCACAAUAACCAGUGACAUCAGCAAACCUUCACUCACCACAAAAGUGCUGCUGGGCACAGAUGAGCCCCUCAUCCAUGUUUGUGCUAAAAACCUGGUGACAUUUGUGUCUCAGGAAGCUGGGAACAAACCUGUUCUCCUAGCUAUAGCUUUGAAGGACAAGAGCAUGGAAGGAAUAAAAGCGCUGCAGGAGUUGAUUCGAAGUUGCCAAGUGUGGUGAAGCUGUGCUGUCUGAAUGCAAGGAAGGGAUCCUGGGUCAGUGACCUACCACUGUUUAUUUAAAAGGACAAAACAUGCCUUUAUGCUGUUUUUGGAUCCUGUUGAGGAUUUCAUGAAUUUUCUCUACCAUGUAGAACUUUGGGCGAUUUUGCCGUUGUUGCUGGGUUUGGAGCCUGUGCAGUUAAGCAGUGAAGUUAGAAUGUUUUUCUCAAUACAAAAUGAAAUUUCAUUUCCAUCACAUUGGGGGGGGGGGGGGAUGUAUAUUUGGAAAACUGCACAUGGCUUUGCAGCAGUGUCCAGAGAAGUAAAUGGCUUCAAGCAAUGUAACAAUGAAAUGCUGUGCUGCAAAGUGUAAAAUGUGAUGUAGAAUGAAUAAAAAUACACAUUGGCAAAUG